AUGCGCUCGUUCUUGCUAAUCUCACCGCUCAUCGGUGCCCUCCUCUGUGUUAUUGGGGCUAAUGCUGCCGUCACGGGAGAUUCCCCUGUCAGACGCUUCGCUUUGAAAGGCGCCCAAGCCACUCAAACGACCAACCUGACCCCAGCUGAACUCUAUGCGAGGGAGUUGACCCAUAAGCGCCCGACGCGUCGGUCUACUGCCCAGCGUCGCCAAGAAUCUGAGCUUCCUGAAAUCCAGGCCAACAUCAACAUUGGUGCUAUCACUGCCUCGACCGGUUCGCCUCUGGGCGGCCUCACUCUCGGAACAUCUGGUCUUGAGGUCGACUUGAGUGGCUCGGGCAUCAACCUCGUCACUACUGCGAGCCCUUCCUGGUCGUCUCGCACUGAUCGGAGGAUAACUAUAAGUACUCUGUCGGGAUUCCCCAAUCUCGGUCUCGUUCAGUAUGACGCGAGCAGCGGUCUAACUCUUGGAGUUGGCCUGCCUAACGGAGUACUUGUCACUGGUGUAGCAGAUCCUGGCACUGCUCCUGGUUCCCUACCCUCCUUCGUCGCCAACUAUAAUACCGGCUUGUCCGAUUUGGCCGUCGAAACCGAUGUGUGGACCAUUGACUAUAUCACUGGGAUCAUUUCCGCCCAGUGGACAAAUCCAGAUGGCUCCAAACCUGUCACCGUCUUGGUCACCGAUGGUACGAAUAUCGCCGCCACGGGCGACGUCCUGGCUUUCAAUUUGGCACAUGGUCUCGGUUGGUUCCCAAUUACGCUGGCCUACACGAUCGCGCCGUAG